GCGAAAAUAUAGUAAGCAACAGCCCGUGAUUCCUGUUUCACCUAACUUUUUGUAUAAAAAUGCAUGCAAGUUAGCAUCAAAAACACCACAUAAUUCAUUUCCAUCUCAUUAUUCGUGGAUUAAGAGGUUUUGAUUUACGAGAAGAAGCAUGGAACAUACAAAAUUGCAAGGGCUAUGCCUAGUCAUUUAUUCUUUAAUUAUGCUAAAUGGCAAAACUGUACUUGGAGGGAGCCAAAAACCAAACGAAGCUUACAUGGUUGAUUUAACUAUUCUUGAAAGUGCAGUGUCAAAAGGAGCUGUUUGCUUGGAUGGGAGUCCACCAGCGUACUAUUAUGAUAAGGGACAUGGAGAAGGAGCUAAUAAUUGGAUUAUCUACUUUAGGGGAGGAGAAUGGUGCUAUAGCGUGACAGAUUGCCUUGAUCGUACAAAGACAGAAAGAGGUUCUUCAAAACUUGCUCCAAAGCAAAGAUCACUUUAUGGAAUGCUUAGCAACAAUAAAAUAGUGAAUCCAGAUUUCUACAAUUGGAAUAGAGUCAUGGUUAUUUAUUGUGAUGGAUCAUCAUUCACCGGAGACGUUGAAGAAGUUGACCCGGCUACUAACCUUCAUUUUAGAGGCGCGAGGAUUUUCCUUGCCUUGAUCGAUCAUUUCUUGGCGAAAGGAAUGAAGGAUGCUAAAAAUGUCAUUCUCACAGGUGGUUCAGCUGGAGGACUGCCUGCUUUAAUCCAUUGUGAUCGUUUUCGAUCUCUUGUUCCUAACUCUGCUAGAGUCAAAUGUCUUGCUGAUGGUAGCUAUUUUCUUCAUGACAGGAAAAACAAGGACAUGACAUUCAUGGAGACCGUUAAUGAAGGACUGAUUAACUUACAUCAAUCAGCCAAGAUGUUGCCAUCAUCCUGCACUUCAAAGAUGAAACCAUCCUUGUGCCUUUUUCCACAAUAUUUUCAAGAAGGAAUCAAGACACCAUUUUUCAUAGUCAACUCAAUGUUUGACACAUUUCAGAUAAACAAGACUUUUCCGGGUUAUUACGACGACCUUUUUAAGAAUACAUGCUCAGCUUCUCUUGUUAAAAAUUUACAAGAUUUCAAACAGGAAUUUUUAAGUGCUUUGCCCAAACAAAGUCAUUCUUCAUCAAGAGGAAUGUUUAUUGACUCUUGCUUGAUUCAUGCCCAUAUAACAAGUGGCGUUGGUUGGAAUGGGUUCUCAGUAAAUAAUAAGACAAUUGCACAGGCAUUUAGCGACUGGUACUUCGACCGGAGUCCUGUCCAAUUGAUAGACAAGCCAGAUUUGCCACAGAAUUGUUACAAAUUCCCUGCAAUUACAAACUUUUGCACCUAAAAUAUCCAGAAAGCUACUUAACAAAAAGCAGAAAAAGAGUACAUUCGCUAUUGACUACUACAACAACAACAACAUACCCAGUGUAUUCACAGAAGUGAUCUGGAGAGGAUAGGAUAUAUACGCAGACCUUACUCCUACCAAUGAGUGGAAGACUAUAUUUUUAAUAGUUGGGACCUAUUUAAGGGUAUUACUCCAGAACGGAUUAUUGAUAAAUGCAGAAAGGGUGAAAGAUACUUACCAUGUGAAAUUGACGAAAUGAUUUCAUAGUCCAUUAAAAAUGUUAUUUAUAUAUAAAAUGUAUGAUACUUUUUACUAUAGAUGGGUGAAAAUAAUGUAGAAGAUUUAUAAGAAAAGAAUGAAAGAUCUUUGCAAUUAUUUUUCUUCUAUUCAAAUUAUAAAUGGACAUAGAAAAUCAUUACCUUUAA